CAAAAACUGACAAUGUUUGUCAUGCAAUUGUCACAUUUUUAUAGCCAUGUUUCACUACAUUCCCAAAAAGCUCCAUUAAAAAUAAACAUGUAAUCUCCCUAUAUUAUGGCCAACGAAGAACAAGAAGAAACUAUUCUAAGCGAGGCUGAACAAUGGGCACUAUUCAACCGCAUAUUUUGCGAAGCAGCCUCUUUUCAAGGAAGAUUGGCUUACUUUUUGAUGUCCAUGUAUUCUUGUAAUCCAGAAGUCAUUAAAUCAUACCUGGGUUUCGAUAUUUACGAAUAUCUAUGGGCCAAUAUGGUGUACGGUCUCUCAGUAAUGAUUUUCGACAGACCAACUCUAAGAGAAGUCGCGCCUGUUAAUAGAAUAGCCUUUGCAUUACUGGGUUCCCUGAUGUUCAAUCACGCUAGCAUGAACUGUUUUAAUUGGGUGUCCAGCCUUUUUCCGGAUAGACCAAAUUUACGAGUGUUUUUGGGAUUCUGCUGUGGUCGUGUUAUGAUGGUACAUUUUUUGGCUUUUUUGUACCAUAUGGACACCAGAGCAACCACACCCGGGAUUGUUGUACAAAGAGAUAUCGCUUUUGAACAAAUGUACUCUCAACCAGAACAUGAAUAAACAAAUAUAAAAAUCAAA